AGCACUUCUGAAAGCUACCACUUGCACCAGCGUUGGCACUGCGCUUAGUCCCAACAGAAGCCGAGAAGAGGACAACAGGCACUUUUCAGACUGCCUUCUGCGGAACUAGUACUGAUUACAUCGUGUAUUGUCUCCUCAACUAACCAACCUGAGAGCUUGUGUUUUAGCUCUCCUCUGAUAGUUCAUGAGCUGUAAGAUUCUUAUCUGAAGUUGUCUUUUCUUGUCCGGGAAUCGGAUCAAUCAAAUCGAUCUGGAGUCCUUCGUCAUUUAUUGUGGCUUCAGUCUUUUCAAGAAAGAACAAAAAAGUUCAUCAAGACGUGUGCUUUUGUUUUAAUACUUUUGUUUAAGUUCAUGUAAAGCCUAUUGCGCAUCCGUGUUUGAAAAUACGGUGUUGCAAAAUGGAUUUAAAUUGCAACUAACUCGGGAUACUUUUGCAGUGACCCAAGUAUAAAGAAUAACUGAAAUACUUGUUUUCCCGUACUUUUUUGGAUAAAGAUCAAUCAUGGAAGAGGGGCAACAGAACCGCGUCCUUCACAGCACCAAAGAGUCGGACCGCGAGCAACGCUUGAGGCUCUGUGUUUUACAUGAAAUUUUGAACACCGAGAGGGAUUACGUUCGGGUAUUGCUUUUCCUUCAGUCGGCCUUUUUGCACAGAAUCCGACAAACUGCAGAGGAGCAACAGUGUCUGUCACCUGAGCAUGUCAAGACCCUGUUUUCCAACAUCGAGUCCAUCCUGGACGUUCACAAAGAGGUUCUGUCUGCAGUGGAGGCCAGCCUGCAGCCGGAGCCUCAGCCUGGGCACGGCCUUGGACAUGUCUUCCUCCAGUUUAAGGGGCGGUUCUCUGUGUAUGGGGAGUACUGCAGUAACAACGAGAAGGCCCUGCGGCUGCUGAUGGAGCUCAACAAGAUCCCCGAAAUCAGGACCUUCCUCCUGCACUGUAUGCUGUUGGGAGGGAAGAAGAGCACAGACAUUCCCCUGGAGGGGCACCUACUAUCACCCAUUCAGAGAAUCUGCAAGUACCCCCUCUUACUGAAGGAGCUGCUGAAGCGGACGCCCAAGAAGCACUCGGACUACCCUGCGGUCGAGGAGGCCCUGCAGGCCAUGAAGGCAGUGUGCUCCAACAUCAACGAGACCAAGAGGCAGAUGGAGAAACUGGAGGCCCUGGAGCAACUACAGUCGCACAUCGAGGGCUGGGAGGGCACCAAUCUGACUGACAUCUGCACCGAGCUGCUGCUCCACGGCAACCUGCUCAAGAUCUCAGCCGGCAACAUCCAAGAGAGAGUCUUCUUCCUGUUUGACAACCUCCUGGUCUACUGCAAGAGGAAGUCCAGGGUAACUGGGAAGAAAUCCACAAAGAGGACCAAGUCCAUCAAUGGCCCCCUGUACGUGUUCAGAGGAAGAAUCAACACAGAGGUGAUGGAAGUGGAAAACGUUGAGGAUGGAACAGCUGACUACCACAGCAACAACUACACAGUGACCAACGGCUGGAAGAUCCACAACACGGCCAAGAACAAGUGGUUCGUCUGCAUGGCCAAGAACGCAGAAGACAAGCAGAAGUGGCUCGACGCCAUCUUGAGGGAACGAGAGCAGAGAGAGAGUCUGAAGCUUGGGAUGGAGCGGGAUGCCUACGUUAUGAUCGCCAAGAAAGGCGAGAAGCUUUACCAUAUGAUGAUGACCAAGAGCCGCCACCUGAUCAAGGACCGGCGCCGAAAGCUGACUACCGUGCCCAAGUGCUUCAUGGGAAAUGAGUUUGUGUCGUGGCUGAUGGAGAGUGGAGAGAUCAGCACGCCAGACGAGGGGGUCAACUUGGGUCAAGCUCUGCUGGAGAACGGAAUCAUCCACCAUGUGUCAGACAAGCACCAGUUCAAGAACGAGCCGGUGUUUUACCGUUUCCGCUACGACGACGGCACCUACAAGGCCAGGAGCGAGAUGGAGGACAUCAUGUCAAAGGGCGUGAGGCUUUACUGUCGUCUGCACAGCCUGUAUACCCCUGUCGCCAAGGAUAGAGACUACCAUUUAAAAACCUUCAAGUCUGUGUUGCCUGCCAGCAAACUUGUGGACUGGCUCUUGUCACAGGGUGAUUGUUCCACACGUGAGGAAGCGGUGACAAUGGGGGUCGGACUGUGCAACAACGGCUUCAUGCACCAUGUUCUGGAGAAGACCGAGUUCAAAGACGAGUCGCAGUUCUUUCGUUUCUACGCCGACGAGGAGAUGGAGGGUACCAACUCCAAGAGCAAGCAGCUGCAGCGCAACGACUUUAAGCUCAUCGAGAACAUCCUGGUCAAGUCCCUAGUGAUCCACCCGGAGGAGGAAGACUACGGCUUUGAGAUUGAGGAGAAGAACAAGGCCAUCGUGGUGAGGUCUGUCACCAGGGGCUCUCACGCUGAGAUGGCGGGGCUGCAGGAGGGCAGGAAGAUCUUCACCAUCAACGAGGACCUGGUGUUUCUCAGGCCCUUCCAGGAGGUGGAGACCAUGAUCAGCCAGGCCUUCUGCAUCCGCCGCUCCUUACGCCUGCUGGUCAACACCAAGGCCAAGGAGAUUGUGAAGAUUCCAGACACUCCCUAUGCCCUGUCCUUCAAACUCAGUGGCUCUGCCCCACCUCAUGUACAUGCAGUAAGGAAAGGGUCGGAGGCGGCGGUGGCAGGCCUCCAGCCAGGUCAGUGCAUCCUGAAGGUGAAUGGCAACAACAUGAACCAUAGCGACUACCAGGAGGUCCUGGAGCACUUCACCUCCCACCACGACCAGCAGGAUCAGCCCGACAUGUGUCAGUGGGUGUACCGUGCGUUUGAGGACGUGGAGGGGGGCUCGUUCAAGGCCUGCACAGAAGAGAAAUGCUCAGACAUAGAUGAGGAGCACGGCAGGAACGGAACAGACUACAGGGGGGGCCUGAGCCAGCUGUCUCUGUCUGAUGACACGGUGCCCCUGGUGAGCAUGACGGUGGACAACGUGCACCUGGAGCACGGCGUGGUGUACGAGUAUGUCAGUACAGCUGGCAUCAAGUGCCAUGUCCUGGAGAAGAUGGUGGAGCCCAAGGGCUGCUUCAGCCUUACUGCGAAGAUCCUGGAGGCCUUUGCAAGAGACGACAGUCAUUUUGUGCGUAACUGCAGCCAGCUGAUCUCGCAGAGUGACCGCGUGAUGUCCAUGCCCCAAUUUGAGUUCAGGAACAUCUGUGAAACCAAGCUGGAGAGCAUCCGCCGGCGAAUCAGCAGAUACCAGCAGUUUGCCCAGGAGCUGAGGAGAAAGGCGUGCCCCACAUUCAAGCAGGCAGGCGUACUGACCCACCCACUGGGCUGCAUGGACUUUGUGCCCACCAACUGCCACGUCAACCUGAUGCAGGUGUCCCACCCCAAAACCACCAUGGUGUCCGGCAGGGCCUUCAGCUUCCGCUUCGGACGCAAGAACUCCUUCUACGGCCUGGACCCCAACCAAGCUAACCUGUCUCGCAUGUCUCACACCCAACACUGUGUGACUAGCAUGGGUGCCCCGUGUUACAGCUGCAGCGGUCUCGGGGAGGAGGGUGAUGGUGAGGAGGACAUCACGGGCUCUGGAGAGGGCAUCCCAGACAGGAUGCAGCAGGCCAACCGGGGGAAUGGCCUCAGCUUCCUGCUCAAACAGGAAGACAUGGAGAUCCAGGAAGCCUACAUCCGCCUCUACAACCGCCUGAACAUCGCCGUGCAAGAGAUGAGGCAGUACGUCACCCAGAUAGACGUCCUCCUUUUGUCCAUCACGGAGCCCACCCAGCCGCAGGGCAGCGAGUCCCCAGCCUACGAGGCCAUUCAGCCCCCUUCCGUGACCCCCGAAGAGGGGGACCAGGAAAAGGCGGAGCACGGGGGCAUCAAGAGGGUCUGCUUCAUGGUGACGGAAGAGGACCAAGAGGACUCGGGCCAAGACACCAUGAGCUACAGGGACUCCUACAGUGAAUGUAACAGUAACAGGGAUUCCGUCUUGUCAUACACAAGUGUACGUAGCAACAGCUCUUACCUGGGGAGUGAUGAGAUGGGUUCAGGUGAUGAGCUGCCCUGUGACAUGAGCAUUCCCUCUGACAAGCAGGACAAGCUGCACGGCUGUUUGGAGCACCUUUUCAACCAGGUGGACUCCAUCAACAGCCUGCUCAAAGGGCCCGUCAUGACCAAGGCCUGCGAGGAGACCAAGCACUUUCACCCUGACCACACUAAGCCAGAGUUCCGUCACACUGAAGACUUGAUGGUGCACUGUCACAUCAUCCACAAGAACAUUCAGGAGGACCCUUGGAACCUGCCCAGCUCAAUUAAGACACUGGUGGAGAGCCUGCAACGAUUUGUGGAUGAUGGGAAGAACCAGGUGCUUCUGGCUCUGCUCAAAUGUACAGACACGGCUCUGCAGCUGCAGCGGGACGUGAUCUUCUGCCAGAGUGCGGUGAGCGCUGUGUGCACACUGGCCGAGCAGCUCCUGGCGGCGCUGCGGGCGCACUUCAACAACGCUGGCGAGUACGAGGAAGACUGCAAGGACACGAGCCGUAAGUGGCUGGAGCAGGCGGCUGCCAUCGGCGUGCUGCUCAACUUCCAGGCAACGCUGACGCCCCACGUGAAGGAGGAGAGGACAAUGCUGGAGGAUACCCAGGCAGCCCUGUUGGACCUGGACAAAGUCACCGUGUUCUUCCGCCAGCUGGAAGAUGAAUGCCUGGUUGUAAACACGCCGGUGUGUUACCACGUGGAGGGCAACCGGCAGGCCCUGAGGGUCACCAUGUACCUGGACAGCUGCCACUUCAGUGAGCUCCCCACGCGCCUGCAGAAUGGGGGCAGCCUCAAACUGCACACUGUACUCUUCACCAGCGCCCUGGAGAGGCCAGAGGGAGUGUCCGAGCAAGACUACGUGUCCAUAGAAGAGUUCCAGCAACGCACCAACGCCGUCGCACUGGAAAGGGUCAAAGCCUACUACCGAAAACUCAGGGCUUUUUACCUGGAGAAGUCAAAUCUUCCCACCGACUCCAACACCACAGCUAAGAAGAUAGACCAGCUCCUCAGACCCCUCAACACUCUGGACGACCUGUGUCGUCUGAUGCAGUCAUAUGUCAACGUGCAUCCCAAUGCCGCAGGCCACCCCUCUGGCGUCAGCGUCCUGUGUGUGUCCUCCGAGCUGUGCAAUCGCCUGGGCGCCUGCCAUAUCACCAUGUGUGCUACUGGCAUGCAAAGGUGCACCCUGAGCGUGACCCUUGAUCAGGCUAUGAUCCUGGCGCGGAACCACGGCCUCAUGCCCCGCUGCAUCAUGCAGACCAUGGACAUCAUGCGCAAACAGGGCACCAGGGUAGAGAUUUCGGCUAAAAACCUCAAAGUGAUGGACCAGAUGCCGCCCGCAGCCCCAAGGCUCUUCAAGUUGUGUCUGCCACCCGAAGACGGAGAUCUAUAAGAGACUAAGCAUCGCUGUGUUUUUAUUCCGCUCUGCUCAUUUAUUUAGCCAAGAUGGUCCACUCAGUAACAAUUGUCAGUGUUUUCCAGGGAGUCCUGGGUUCCAUAGAAUCAAUAAAAACAUAUACAGCAUACCCAUUGGCAUACAUACAAAAGCACAUCAAAAAUCACAGCAUGCACAGAAGCACACACAUCAUACGCGGUAGCAUACAUACAAAACAAUGCUCACAUUACAGCUAUGUGUACUGCUCUUUUGAAGGCUGACAUGCUAGCUAGCUCUCGUGUGGAUCAGUCAAGCUUGUUCCAGAGCAAUGGUCCAAAGAACUGCAGACUGCCUUGAAAGGCCAUAUUUUUCGCUAAUGGUUGUGCCAGUAGAUGUGGGUCCCAUUGGUCAGAGGCUUUGACUGCUGCUCUGGUGUGCCCCCGGAGGAUGGGUGGAGACUCCCACCUGAACAGGUCUGACAUGUAUUCAGGCAGUCUGUGCUGUGUGUCGUUGAAAACAGUCACUGGGGUGUUGUAAUGGAUCAUGACCGUCAGUGGUUCGAUUGCAGCUUUUUACAGAAGAAACUCUGUUUUUACGUAUUCCCUCCGUGAAUGCCCAGUCAUGAUACCAGCAGCCCUGUUGAUGAUACGCUGUAGCCGGUUAAGACCUGUCUUAUUGUCCUGAUGUAGGGUGGGAAGCGAUACUGUGGCACAGUAGUCCAGGUGAGUUGUUAUGGUGUGGUAAAUUGUCAGAAUGAUGUCCUUGGAAACAAAGUCCCUUGCUCUUUUUAGCCCAGACAGUAGUUUCCCUGUGACCAGGCUGGCGUGUUCAGUCCAGUGUAGGUGUGGGUCCAAGUUUACAAGUUCAUACGUGUUUUGUCCAUCUGUUAUUGUGGUACUUUUGCCUGUGUAUCUCAGCUUUUGUGGGUUGCCAAACAGCAUUGCCUUGGUUUUCUGAGGGUGUAGGGAGAGCUUGUUGUCAGCAAACCAAGCUGCUGCCCUCUUGAUGUCGUUUGACACUGACUCCUCACUCUCCCUUGUGGUAUUUGCUGAGUAGUAAAGGACUGUGUAAUCUGCAUAUACAGUACAUUCUGAAAGUAUUCAGACCCCUUGACCUUAUUCUAAAAUAGAUUAAAUAUUUUUUUGCCUCAUCAAUCUACAUACCCCAUAAUGAAAAAGCAAAUGUU